CAGACACCAAACCUGACUCUCUAACAUUUCUAGUGACCGCUAUUAGAUCUACCCGUUGAACAGAAGAAAGAUCUGCAGUUCCUGUCACGUAGCUAAAGUAAAGGAGACAGAGGUCGGAGAGCUCAGUGACAACCAGACAAAAAUUACAGUGAGAGGGAAAGCAUUUUAACAGCAAGUCUACCGCAAAACAGCUACCAGUCUUGAAUAUUCGGUUUUAUAUUUCUUUCAUUUGAAGACUUUUUAUGAAAGAAAUUAGCAUGAUUAAAUAGUUGUUCCAGUUGUUAUUUCUUGACACUCUUGGAUGUAUAAAAGUUAAAACAUCUGUUAUCGUUAUUUGAAACAGGUAGCAAAUGGGAUAGUAUGGUAGCCUCUCGCCCCUAACUCGCGAGUUCGAGCGCUGGUGCCCGAAGGAGCUAACUCGACUGUAGCAUAAUAACCAUAAGAAUUUGUUUGCAAUCGAUAGGACGAGGAAACACAUUCUAUUUUCGUCAAAUGAAAAGACUUUCUUCGGAUCCGCAAACCAAAAUAAAUAUUGUAUUUGAGCAGAUCUUUAUGCGAUGAAAAGCAUGGCUCGUUUUCCUUGUUGCGACGAUCAAAAUUCACCAAGUAAUCAGAAAAUUAUCAGCAAAAACGCUAUCAGAAUCAAGCGAAAUUUCCGAGAGUACGGAGAAAACGUACGCAUCUUCAAGGUAGGCCGAACGAAAUGAAAUCUCACGAGACUGAAAAUACGUAUAUGCGAGAACGCCAUUACCAUGACGCUACUACGCAACGACGUCAAAACGUCAAAAAUCCUUCAUAGCUAUCAACUGCAUUCUUCACAUUGUCUUUAAAUAUUUGCCAGAAAUGGAAGCUGAGAUUGGCACUAAAACAAGGAACAGCGUUUGGAAGUGCCUUUCUAGAAAUAUCAACAGAAGUAAGAUCGGCGCAUUUGCAAGAGCCUUGACCAGGGCAUUUGGAAGCAUCAGAAUCUGUAAGAGAGGUGUGGAGGAAAGUUUUGAAGUAAGAGUUCCAUCUUCUGAGCCGUCUGACUUUGUCUAUCCAGACGACAGAUACCUCAGCAAUGAUGAAAUUCUGCAACAACUUGAAGUGUUAGAGAAAAGAUUCAAUAAACAGGCUGAUAUAUUUGCCAGAGCACAAGGUAAAGAAGUUCACUUCAGAAAGGCAAAGCCAUACCAUGGAAACAUAUCUCCUGACCUCAAACGCGACCCUCUGUCAUUUCUUGUGGCCACUAUCAGACCACCGCGUUAUACUGAGGAAAGAUUCGCAGCUCUUGAGGAUCUGGUGCGGAAAGUGAAGCAAAGGAGACAGGGGUUGGAUAGUUCAGUGACAAACCAGGCAAAAUAUGCAGUCACAGGAAGGACAUCGUGAGUUCCAGAAAUUGUAGAAAAACAUCAGCAGUUUUGACUAUAUUAUGGAAAUUCAAAAUAAAUGUUAAAAAAUUCUAAUAUAUCAAAAUGAGUUUUACUUU